CGUCGUGGCCUCGUUAUUGCCUAUAUAAACCAAUCGACCCCCUCCCAUCUUCUCAUCCUUUCGUCUCUCUAUCUCUCUCUCUCUCUCUGAAAUCGCUCUGACUCUCUGGUCCGCAUCUUUCGCCGAGCGAUCUAAUAGUUCGAUCGAUACGAGAGGGACCGAUCGAAGUGGGGACGCGCUAAGCAUCUCUGAUGAGCAGUCUGCACGGGAAAGGCUUCACGCCGGCGGUUUAAUUUAGAGGGAAAAAGACGGAUUCCGCGUCUAGGGUUUUAGAUUUGAAGUCUGGAAGAGGAGCAGAACAAACCCUUUUUAUUUCUUUUUGUUUUUGUUCUCAUUUUGGCUCUCAAUUCGCUAUCUAAUUGUUUUGUUAUUUACGAAUUGUUUUUCUGCAUUGUGAUUUGUGAAACUUUGUUUGGGCAUCUAGAGGAAAAGAAGGGAUUUCGAUUAUAUGCGUCUAUUAAUGAUAAAUGGGGAGCCGUGGAAGACCAAUAUUAUUCGACCUUAACGAGCCACCUACCGAGGAGGAGAUCGACGAACUCGUUGCAGUUGCCCCCUGCGUGCCGCAGAAGUCCCUUCCUACUCUGAAUCCACAUACAUCCAACCUUCUUCCUUCGCUUGAAGAGUGCCCCAGGAUAUUCAAUAACAAUGCUUUCACGCAUGCUGCCUCUGGUUCGGGGUUCCAGCCAUUUUUUAGGAUUAAAGAACAACAUAGGGAGUCUGCAAAACAGAAAGAAGAUGAUUCAGUAGUCACCAGCCAGGGACCUGCUCCUGCAGCUGCUGCAAGCAGAUGUGAGGAUGAGAAGGUCGUAGAGGUCACUGUGCCGAAGCAUAUGCAGCCUGUAGAGAAGGAGGAGGGUGAAUGGUCUGAUGUGGAAGGAAAUGCAGAUGUGGAUGUAAAUAGCGGGAUUAAGGAGCAAGAAAAAGCUAUCGAGAAUGGUAAUGGGCCGGAUGCAUCCAUGUUGGAUGUGAAUAAUGAUUCACUUAUCCCUAGUUCCAGCAAUGAUGGUGUAAUGGAUGCCAGUAAAGAUACAAAAGGUUCAGAUGAUAGUUUUAAGGGGGAUGCUCCUACGGAUGUCCAAGAGGAACCUUCUGGGGCAGUAAAGAGAAAAGAGAUUAGAGGGAUUGAAGCUACUCAUGCUUUGAGGCUUGCUAAUCAUAAUCCUGCAAAGAAGGCUAAAUAUGAUGAGGAGAAGGAGCAGAAGUUAGGGAAGUUAGGAAAGACAAAGCCAAAGACUAUUCUUGUUGGUAUGGAGGAUGUGAAGAAUUGUUCUAUGAAAAACACGCCGCAGAGGAGGCAAUCUUCCUUUGCAGCUGCUACUACUACUACGACUAUUACUCGUACAGCAGUAAAGGAAAUAUCUCGGUCAAGUUCUGUAAUAGAGCGAAGUACAGAGAGGUCUGGUGGAACCAAGGACCAGAAACAGCAGUCUGAGGCAAGAUCAGAAGUAAGCAGCACUUUGGAGGUUAGUGAACAUAAGACUGAACCAAAUGGUGAUGUAAUUCCAGGGCCCCAAACACGUUCUAAAAAGAUAAAUAGUUGUGAAAGCUCUCAUGAAAUUAAUCUAACGCCCAAUUCAAGGUCCGGUUCAUGGAAGCAGCCUAUAGAUUCCAGACAGUUUAAGACGACAGCAACUUCUUCAAAGAAACAAACUGUGACUGCUCUGGAAAUUGCAGAUGCAAAAGUGGGGAACAAAAGACCUCUACCCUCUAAGAAGCAGAAUUUGAAUAACCAGCAAUACCAUGACACGUCGGUUGAAAGGCUUCUGCGGGAGGUGACUAACGAACAAUUUUGGCAUCAUCCAGAGGAGUCAGAACUUCAAUGUGUUCCUGGAAGCUUUGAAUCCGUCGAGGAGUAUGUUAAAGUCUUUGAACCUUUACUCUUUGAGGAAUGUAGAGCGCAAUUGUAUAGCACAUGGGAGGAAUCAACAGAGACAGUGUCAAGGGAUGCACAUGUCAUGGUUCGUGUGAAAAUGGUGGAAAGACGGGAAAGAGGUUGGUAUGAUAUCAUUGUUCUUCCGGUUCAUGAAUGCAAGUGGAACUUUAAGGAGGGGGAUGUUGCAGUCCUUUCUGCCCCGAGACCUGGUUCAGCAUUGAGAUCUAAUAAGAAGAUUAUGAAUUCUACGGCAAAUGAGGAUGAUGGUGAAUUUGAGGUGACUGGAAGGGUUGCAGGUACUGUCAGGAGGCAUAUUUCUACUGACACACGAGAUCCCCCAGGAGCAAUUCUUCAUUUUCAUGUUGGGGAUUCAUAUGAUUCUAGCGGCAAGGUGGAAGAUGAUAAUCUUCUGAGGAAGCUUCUGCCCAAGAGUAUUUGGUACCUUACUGUGCUAGGUUCGCUUGCAACUACUCAGAGAGAAUACAUUGCUCUCCAUGCGUUUCGACGCCUUAACCAGCAGAUGCAAACUGCAAUUCUCAAGCCAAGUCCAGAGUACUUUCCCAAGUAUGAAGAACAGACUCCUUCCCUGCCUGAAUGUUUUACACAAAGUUUUGUGGAUCAUCUUCAUAGAACGUUUAAUGGUCCACAAUUAGCAGCUAUUCAGUGGGCUGCAAUGCAUACUGCUGCAGGUACAAGCAAUGGAUCCACUAGGAGGCAAGAACCUUGGCCUUUCACACUUGUUCAAGGGCCUCCAGGUACAGGUAAAACGCACACAGUCUGGGGCAUGCUAAAUGUGAUACAUCUAGUGCAGUUCCAGCAUUAUUAUACCGCUUUGCUCAAGAAACUCGCCCCAGAGAGCUACAAGCAGCUGAGUGAGUCCACCUCUGAGUGUAUUAGUAGUACUGGAUCAAUAGAUGAAGUUUUGCAGAGCAUGGAUCAGAAUCUGUUACGUACUCUUCCAAAACUUUGCCCUAAGCCCAGGAUGCUUGUGUGCGCUCCAUCAAAUGCUGCGACAGAUGAGCUCUUAUCACGUGUUCUUGAUCGUGGCUUCAUUGACGGAGAAAUGAAGGUCUAUCGUCCGGAUGUUGCCAGGGUUGGAGUUGAUUCUCAAACAAGAGCAGCUCAGGCGGUUUCUGUUGAGCGAAGAACGGAACAGCUACUAAUGAAGGGCCGUGAGGAGAUUCAUGGAUGGAUACAUCAAUUAAGAGCUCGUGAGUCCCAAUUCUCACAGCAAAUAUCUCUUCUUCAGAGGGAGCUCAGCACGACAGCUGCAGUCGGACGGUCUCAAGGAUCUGUCGGUGUCGAUCCCGAUGUUCUGGCUGGUCUGGAUCAUAAUCGAGACAUGUUGCUGCAAAAUCUAGCUGCAGCUGUUGAAGGAAGAGAUAAAGUUUUGGUAGAGCUUUCACGUUUUUUUAUUUUAGAAAGCAGGUUCCGUCCUGGGAGUUCCUUUAAUCUUGAGGAUGCUCGGGCUUGUCUUGAAGCAAGUUUUGCUAAUGAAGCUGAAAUUGUCUUCACAACUGUUUCUAGUAGUGGCAGGAAGCUGUUCUCUCGCCUCACCCAUGGUUUUGAUAUGGUUGUGAUUGAUGAGGCAGCCCAAGCCAGUGAAGUGGCUAUUCUUCCUCCUCUAUCACUUGGUGCUGCUAGGUGUGUCCUUGUUGGAGACCCUCAGCAACUUCCUGCGACCGUUAUCAGUAAGGCUGCUGGAACACUUCUGUACAGCAGAAGCCUUUUUGAGAGGUUUCAACAAGCUGGUUGUCCUACAAUGCUAUUAUCAGUACAGUACAGAAUGCACCCACAAAUUCGUGAAUUCCCAUCGAGGCACUUCUACCAGGGGCGCUUAACCGAUAGCGAGAGUGUUUCAGGCUUACCCGAUGAGACCUACUAUAGAGACCCUCUAAUGCAGCCUUAUAUUUUUUAUGAUAUAAUGCAUGGGCGAGAGUCCCACCGAGGUGGCUCCGUGUCCUUUCAGAAUUUAAUGGAGGCACAAUUCUCCUUGCGCUUAUAUGAAAACCUUCAAAAACUUAUAAAAGCUGAUGGUGGGAAGAAAGUCACAGUUGGAAUAAUCACGCCCUACAAGCUUCAGCUAAAAUGCCUCCAACGGGAAUUUGAGGAAGUUUUGAACUCUGAAGAAGGUAAAGAUAUCUACAUCAACACAGUUGAUGCUUUCCAGGGCCAGGAGAGGGAUGUUAUAAUCAUGUCUUGUGUUCGCGCUUCAAACCAUGGUGUCGGAUUUGUAGCCGAUAUUCGCCGCAUGAAUGUCGCACUCACUCGAGCAAGAAGGGCAUUAUGGGUUGUGGGCAAUGCCAAUGCUCUCAUGCAAUCUGAUGAUUGGGCAGCCCUGAUUAACGAUGCUAAGACAAGGAAUUGUUUCAAGGACAUAAGUAGCAUUCCAAAAGAAUUUAUGGGAAUCAAAGGGCCUUCAUAUGCUGCAGGAAAAGUAUCCUCAAAUAACCUGCGGAGCUUCAGAAGCUCUGGGCACAGACAGAGACACAUUGAGAUGAUCCCCGACAACAGGUCUGGCACACCAUCUGAAGAUGAAGAGAAGCCAGCCUCUUUCACACCAAGAAAUGGAAGUUACAGAAGCCUGAAAUCAGUUGAGAAUUCUAUAGAUGAGAUAGGCCAUUCCGGUGAUAGGUCUAGAGAUUAUGUUGCCACAAAGAGGCAGAGCAGCUUGGGAGGAGGUUUCAGAAGGGAUCCAUAGUCGACGAGAUGAAGGCAAGGUGGUUUUUCUCGUUAAUCUCUGACUUAUGAAGUAUGUUGGACCAGCUUGAAAAUCAAAUCAGAAAUGAAACAGGCCUACCAGAUUGUUGCUGGUCAUGUCAGACUCUAUGGAGACAUGGCCGCAACAGGUGCUUGUCUCGGGUACUUUAUUAACUGGAAGGAAACCUUUCUGGUCCUAAAUAAGCCAUGAAAGGAGAAUCAGGGCUUUGGCCCUGUUGGAGAGAGGCUGGCGGAGGAUAUUUGGUUGCAAAGUUUGUGCAUAUAAUGGAAAUUACUUCAUCCUGCUAGUUCAUCAAAUUCACUCUAUGUAGUCCAGUGUUGAUAACUCAUUGUUAGACUUAGAAAUGGAAUUAAUAUGUGACAUAGAAGACGAAUUAUCUAAAAAUGGAAUUAACCUGGAAGAUGUAUAGUGUUUUGGGGAUAUUUGAUUCAUGCAUGUGGUCUUGUAAAAUAGAGAAACAUGAAGAUGAAUAUUUAAAUUCUUUAUUUUACCUCUGGUGUGUAUCUUCAAUGAAUACAACUUAUUAUUA